AUGGAACUUAAGUAUUUAAUUGGACAUGAUCAAAUUUUAAAAUUCAUAAAUUAAAUAAAUUCCAUGGUCAUAAUAAUAGUGUGUGAUCAGUCUGUUUCUCUCCUGAUGGAAAUACAUUAGCUUCUGGUAAUAGAGAUAACUCUAUCCGUCUAUGGGAUGUCAAAAACAAGUAUUGUUCAGAUUAUAGAUUUAAAGAAAUUUAGGUUUAAAAUACAAGAUAUCCUUUUUUUAACACCCCUUUGCAGUAAAAGAAUAUUAUUUAAAAUUUAGAUACAUCUAAUAUUCUGGUUUACCCAGACUUCAAUUUUGUAUAGAUUUGA